AUGGCUUCCACCGAACAACUUUUCAUCGCCACGCUGAGGAGCGACCACAUCAGAGACAUGCUCUUUACACAUCUGUCCAUCUCAGACAUCUGCGCUGUCCGCAAGGCCUCAUCUGCUUGCUGCAACUUGGUCACCAAGCGCCUCUUCACUCGCAUCCAUGUCACCUUCACGCCCAACACUUUCACGCGGCCCUCGCGCAUUGCUGCACUGAGUCGAAUUGGCCAUCACAUUGAGCACUUGACCUUUUGCUUUGCUCACUCGGAUGCAACAUUUCUCCCACCACUGAUCCAUCCGAAGACGGGAGAGGAGAUUACCUUUUUGUAUAAGCCGCUCACCACCAUGGAGUCGGCACUUACACGACGGCCCAAGUACGCCAACACUGAGCUAGGAGAGAUACUGACCCAGCAAUAUCCUCCUCUGUUCCAUGCCGCCACCAAUGUCCCCAGCUUCCUAUAUGCCAUGGGGUAUAUCCCCAACAUGAGGCAUCUGACCAUUCGUUGCCCCGGCCAAGACCCCCGAGAGAGGUACAGAAGAGACAUUGUCGACUAUGCCCUCAUCAGCCUACGCAUAGCUAUUGAACGCACGCCGAUGCUGAAGCUUAAUAAGCUGUCUCUCUCAUCACUCCAUCCCGCUGCCUUCAACUGCCUCAAAUUCAUCAAUGGCAUAGGCAGCCUCCCCUCGGCCAAUCGUAGAUGGCAGCAAAUCAAAAAGUUACACAUCACCGUCGAGUCAUGGGACUUUUACGGCCCUUGCCCCGGCCUUGACCAUCUCAAAGUCCUCGACGACUACAUCCGCUGCUUCUCCCAACGACUAGACAAAUUCACUUUUGCCUGGAUCGGUGCCAAAGGACCGUGUCCCAUUGCCUUGUCCGCUGACCCCCUGUUCGCGCCGCCUCGCAGUUCUAAGAAGCUCUUCCACGAGAUCACGUCCCAAAUGUCUCCUCUACCCGCGCGACCGCUCCGGUCUCCCAUGCAUUUCCCCAAGCUGCGCUAUCUGCAGAUUCUUAAUGCCGCCAUGAACUCUCCCCAGCUGAAGAGCUUGAUUGCUUCCCACCAAAAGACGGUUAAGCAGUUUGGCUUUGAGAACGUCGUCCUCACCAAUAACGGUAGCUGGGACGAAGCAUUGGCAUCCGUGACGAAGGGUGAUGAUGACUGGUCUAGAAGCAGCGCUGCAGCACCUUUGGAGUACUUGUCUUCUCCUGUAGCUAGCAUAAGCGAAGAGGGACUGCCCAGUCCAAGUGCAGCAGCUGCGGCUGCUAGCAGAGAGCUGUUGGGUUUGAACUUGGGCCUUGGUGGUCUUACUUUGGAUGAUAAUGCGAGGAAUGCAGUAUCAGGACUUGAAAACGACUUUGAAGGGCCAAGAGAGUCAGAUACUAGUGUUUCUACAAAUGCCACGAGAAAACGUGUUCGUCGACACCACAGAAAGCAUUCCAAGGAAGAGAAAAAAGAGCAUGCCCCUGAAUAUCCGUCUCCGCUUUCACCUCCCUUAUCCUCUCACAGUCACAAAUCCUCUUCCCCCGU